UAGACAGGAGAGAAAAAGCCUGCUGCUGUCAAAUCCCUGAGCAACCAGUCUGAUGGUUUCCCAGUCCUCUUGUCCAGCUGUCUCUCAUGCAGUGUCCAGUGUCAGUGUGAGAGAUGACGGACAGAUACAGUGAGAUCGGUUUUGUACAGCAAAUACUCGGGUUGAAUUUAGUGCCCAGGAAAAAUGGCACACACCGUGGAAACGACACAUCUCUCAGCGACUUCUCAGAGAUGUGGUAUGGAGUGUUUCUGUGGGCAGCGGUUUCUUCCCUGGUCUUCCACCUGCCUGCAGCUCUCCUCUCCCUUGCCACGCUGCGUCAGCACAAGAUGGCCCGAUUAAUGCCCAUUGCCAUCCUCCUCAUGGGCAUCGUGGGACCAGUGUGUGGGGGAGUUCUCACCAGUGCAGCCAUCGCAGGCGUUUACAAGGCGGCAGGGAAGAGGAUGAUCUCUUUGGAGGCUCUUGUUUUUGGGGUCGGACAGUCCUUUUGUGUCCUCAUAAUCUCCUUCCUCAGGGUCCUCGCCACCCUUUAGCAUAGCUGAGGCUUGUCUGGGUUGACCUGAUGCUGCUGGAUCACUCUCACACCACCUGCACCCAAAUUUCACAUGGUACAUUACUGCAUCCCGGCAAAUCCUGGGCCACAUGUGUACCAACCAGAUGUGGGUCGUGAUGUCACUUCCUGCUGAUGGAGCAGGAACAGAACAGAUUUUAGUCUACUAUGAAGAAAUAAGCAGCAGGUGUUGUACAGCACUAAGCCUUCUAAUUAGCUGUCGAGAAAUCUAUAUGAUGUCCCUGUAAGACAGCUAAAAACUCUAUUCACAUCACACGGCAGGUAUACACUACACAACAGCAAAGACAGUUUAUUUAAAAAUGACAAAUAAUCAUUACACACUUAAUUAAAAUGGAUGCAGUUUUUCCUGUGUAAUGUCGAGGCAACAUGAUGUUGUUCUGCAGUAGUAUGCCGGUGACAUUAACCUCUUAGGUUCUGUGUUUGUGUUUUUUUAUAGUUGUAAGGACCAAUUUGAGACUUGGACCUAAGUAGUGAGGACAUUUAGUUUUAGGGUUAUGACUGAGGUUCAGUUAGCAUUAGGAUGAGCUCUGGCGAAGCUUUGGAGUUAGAGAUGUAGUUUAGGUGAUUGAGGCCAGGAUCUGCAUAAUGUCAAUAAGUGUCCUCACAGAGACAGAGGUACAAGCACACAUGUCUAAUUUGAAGGUUUAAAUGUGCACAUGUUCUUUUAUUAGGGAUCAAUAUGAUAGUGGGACGCACAUUGAUUAUAUACAUUUGAUUUGUGCUGAGGGAUGCUGUUGUUAAAGAUGGGUGAACAAGUGCAACUUUGUUGCUAUUUAGAAUUCAUAACUUCUUCCAACUGGAUUUUUAUUCUCAGGCCAGCCCCAUGAUUCUUUGUGAUGUCCAAAGUGAUGGCAUGCUGCUAAAUUUUUGUUUCCUUAUUUACGACAGCUGACAUUUUCAAUUCAGUUGCACUGUUAAUGUGCUAAUGUACACUGUACAUGAUAUGAUAAACAUUGUUUUUCGUUGUAUACUGUGAAACCAGCUGCAGCCUCUAUAUAUGAAUGUUGGACUCCAUGCAGUAACUGGAUAACAGUCAUUUUAGCAGAUGCUCUUUUGAUACAGGAAGAGGAUGGUUUUAUGCAAGAUCCUGGCUUUUCCGUUGAGGCCUUAAUUUCUAUUUUCUAAUAUCCAAAGUGGUGUUUUCUCUUCAAGGCUGUCUUUCUUUCUAACCAUUUCUACUGCUACCCUUUUGUUAUUCCUCCACAUUUUUGUUUAGAACAAUUCAAGUUGGACUGCCUGUCUUCUCUAGGUUUUAAAUCAGCAAUUCAAAUUAACUGCCACCUGUAAUAAGUUAUGACACCGUUGAAAAUUUUAACUUGUGAUCACACAGAGAGAGAAUGUCUUCAUAGUUUCUCAGCUCAACUUCUUAGUUUGUCGGUUUCUGUUUAGAGUGAAUUGAUUACAGACUGUUGUCAGUUUUUCUGACAAACCCAAUCACGACCUAGAUCUUUUCCAAUCUCUUUGAAUGAUAUGUAUUUUGUUUGUUCGUUUUAUUCCCAAGUCUUUGUAGACGUUCAAUCUUUUUGACCAAAUACAGAUUGCUCAUAUAAGUGUUAAUAUGAUGUUUCGAUGAUGGUGUUAAGUGUGUUGCCCUGUACAUCAGUCACAACAUUCCAACCAGUUAGUGGUUUGAAUGCUGACAGGUCCCAUAUACAGUCUAUGUGCAUGCCGUCAGGUUUUAUUGUAUUUUUAUUGGCUAAUUGAGUCCCACAGCUAUUUUUUUCUUGUGGAAGCGGACAUGCGUUUUGACAUCAACUUCACACAUGUUCAACUUUCAUAUACAUCCAAAUUAUUCUUUGUUAAAAGUGAUGCAAGUAAUGACUUGACCUGCUAAAUUAGCUGACACCACUUACAGGACUGUAUUUAAUGUUGAGCACAAGUCUCCUCUCCACAUGAUUUGUCUUUGGUUUGGAAUUAAUAUUUAACUUUAGUAACUUUGUUUUUAUUUAACUAAUAUUAAACCAAUAUGCAGUUAAUGGAAUUAAGACACUCAAGCUACCACACGGUGAACUUGGAGCAGUUUCCAGCUUCAUCUAGUCAACAAUAAUUUUUUUUUGCAUAAAUGGAACAGAAACAAGACAGCUGUUAAAAAACCAGUUAGAAUUUGUGGAGCUAAGAUGGAGUAAUAGAGACUGGACAUGAUCAGAAACCUCCACUUCUCUACCAUUGAUGAACUUGAACAGCUGUACACCAGCCAUGCUGCAUCAAUCAUUAAAACCAGUUGGCUUAAAGUUAGUGGACCAGUUGUUCAGAAUGCCUUUGAACAAGGGUUAGGAGCCUUUUAACUUAUGCAAUGGUAUAGAAAGCAGAUAGCAGGCAUCAUCAUCAUCUCCUCAAAGAAGUUUUUAAACCCCUGAAACCAAAGAUUGCUUUAAUUCUUCCCAUUGUACAUCACUAGCUACUCUUCAGUCGAGUAGUUUACUUCCAUAUGAACAGUUAGCAUCCUGAUGCAUGUAAAUAUGCAGCAAAUCAAUCUGAAGCUAGAAUGCAGAAGUUUCUGAUUUAAGUUCAAGUAAAAUAUCUUCAUCUGAUUAUCUAAAAAUGGGAAAUUGCCAUAAUUAGAGAAUGAGUAGACAUUGAUUACAGCACAGUUGGAUUGUUAAGAGCAGGUUACUGACGUUGAGUACAAUUAGGACCAACAUGGGACAGGAGUAUUUCUAGACAGUGACCAUGAUAACCAUUAUUUGACUUUAGGGAAAUAAAUCAUAUUUCUCUAAUCUUAUUUCAUUUACAAUUUUUCAUAGGUUGUCUUCACAUUAUGCACCAAGAUGAGAUAAUUCCCUUCCGCACCAAACUGUAAUUUCUUAAAAUGUCGCUUCAUUGAGACUGAUUUUAUCAACAACGGAGGAAACUCAGCUCAUCUCAAUGUAUGUUCUGUAUAUGCACAAUCCCCUGAGAUAAGAAAAAUUAAACCAUUUUUGGUACUACAAAGACUUGAUGGAGUGGAAAAUCAAAUCAGUUAAUUGAAAUGUGUGGCUGAUGCAGGAAGAAAUGGAUGGUUGUGUUAAUCCCAUGGCCUUGCUUUUUAUGAUGUACAUUUUGGAGAAUUUAAUUUUUAUGGUUGUGUAAUUAAGGUCCUUGAGACCUGGAGUUAUCUUUGGUUCUGUUUCUGCAUCUAACACUGUGACCUUAAUAAAUUCAGUCUGGAUAUUUUCA